CUUCCGGUUUUAGUGAACGUGCACUUGUCGCAGUAAACAAUCGUAUGGUGUGAAGGUUUCAUUAACACUUCUGAGUUAUUGUAGGUGUUUGUCAUCAACGUCUAAAUCCUAAAAGACACCUUAAUCAUGGGGUCGUCGAAAAAACACAAGGAAAGGGAUAAGGAAAGGGAACACAAGCAUAAACGUAAGCGUCGAUCUCGGUCACGAUCGAAGGAAAGGCGCAGCAGACGAAAGGACAGAGAAGAAAGACGAGGAAAGGAGGAACCGCAGGAUAGACCACGCGGCGCUGAACAUGUCGCUCCGGAAGUUCAUGAAGCACCAAUUUCUGGUGGUGGGGAAACAUCACUCAGUAUUGAUGAAACAAAUCGCAUUCGGGCAAAGCUUGGGUUAAAGCCCUUGGAUGUUCCAGGAUCCAGUAGUAAUGCGGCAGGUGGCGAGGAUGGUGACAAGCCGAAGGAGAAGGAAGAUGUUCAUGCUCCACCUGUCAACUGGGGGGAGCAGAAGAAGACAGAAGCUCUCCGAGAGAAAAUGGCAAUCCUAAAGCAGAAACGACUCAUGAACAAGAAGCUUCGCAAAGUGAAGACACUUGCUGACAGUGAUUCUGACUCCAAUGACAUGUCUAAGUGGGUCAAGCGGUCCAGGAAAAUGGAAAAGGAGAAAGUGUUGGCCGAAAAGAGGGCCAAGCUUCUGGAGGAGAUGGACGAGGAGUUCGGCAUCAGUGACCUCAUGGAUCAGGAGUUCAAGGACAAGAAGAAGGAUUACACAGCCCGGGACCUGCAGGGUCUGACAGUCCAACAUCAGAUGGAUAAAUUCACUGAUGGUCGUGGCGUUAUUCUGACACUCAAGGAUAAAGGUAUUCUAGAUCAGGAUGAGGAUGAUGUGUUGAUCAAUGUGAACAUGGUUGAUGACGAGGUUGCCGAGAAGAAUGUAGACAACAAGAAGAAGAAGCCCGAGUACAAGCCGUAUGACGAGCCCGAGUAUGACGAGUAUGGCAUGCUGAAGCCCAAUAACAUCCUUGACAAGUACGAUGAAGAUAUUGAUGGAAAUCAAAAGGUCAAGAAGUCCUUCACGCUGGGUUCGGGUGGCAAGUAUGACGCAGAUGAAGAUCGAGAGAUGGAGAGGAUACGUAUUGAGCUCAGGCAGCAAGGGCAAACAUUGUCGAUGCCAGCUCUUACUUUGGCCAGUGAAUACUACACUUCAGAGGAAGCAGCUGCCAAGUUCAAGAAGGUCAAGAAGAAGGUGAGGAAGAUCAGGAAGAAAACGUCCCUGAAGGCUGAUGACCUGCUCACUAUGGCCGAGGACCAGGUCACAAGAGAAGACUACGGGUCAAGGUCUCGAGGUCGGGGUCAUGUGGUGGCGCCCCCUGAGGACAUGGAGCAGGACGAGGGAGGCGGUGAGGCACCAGAGGUCAUUGAUUAUGGUCAUGGGGACCCGAAUGUGAUAGACUACGGUCACGGCAUCAAGACUGAACCUGAAGUGAAGACAGAGCCCGAAGCUGCGCCUAGUAGUCGAAUUACGCUUGAUGCAAGUGUACUGAGUGCUGUCAGAAUUAAGGCCGAGGAAGAAAUGGAAGAUAUGGGCCCAGAUGAGGACCUGACUGGUGUGCCCGUGGAUGAUGAUGAAGUGGAGAAUGAGCUGCACUCAGCUCUCAGUAAGGCCAGGAAAUUGAAACUCAAGAAGGCACCCCGUGUCUCAGAGCAGGUUGUGGAGAGAGUCAUGUCCCUAAAGAAUCAAGAAACAGACGAAAAUGCCCAGGGAUCACAGAUUGUGCUGAAUUCCAUAUCCGAGUUUUGUCGUAACCUGGGAGAAAUACCGACCUACGGUUUGUCUGGGAACCGGGAGGAGGACAGAGAGGAAAUCAUGGAUGUUGAACUUGAACUGAUGGAGCAGAAGCGUCGCCAGGAGGAGAUCGAGGAGGCUGCAAGUGGCUGGAAUGAGGUCGACAUCGACACACAGCCAGUGGAUAUUACGGGAGAAGAACAGGCAGUGCUGGAAGAAGAGCCUAUCGUGACUGAUGGAGUCGGAGCAGCCCUGGCCCUGGCCAUGAAGAAAGGUUACCUGGAGAAGGAGAUCAUUAAGAAUGUGAGUGCCCCGGAGCACAGCAACCUGGGAGCCAUGUACUACUCCAUUGAAGACAAGAGAUACGAUGAUCUUGAUGAGAAGUAUCGCAAGAGGGACCGUUACGGCGGUGGUGUGAUCUCCGAUUUCCGUGACAAGGACGGCUAUAAACCUGAUGUGAAGCUGGAGUAUGUGGACGAGUCUGGACGUUGUCUCAACCCCAAGGAAGCCUUCAGGCAGCUGUCGCAUCGCUUCCACGGGAAGGGGUCCGGGAAGAAGAAGCAGGAGAAGAGGAUGAAGAAGCUGGAGGAAGAACAGUUGAUGAAGAUGAUGAGCUCCACCGACACGCCCCUCAACACCCUGUCCCUGCUGCAGGAGAAACAGAAAGCCGAGAAGUCCCCGUUUGUGGUGCUCAGUGGCAACAAGGGAUUCACAGCAAACACAACAAGCAUCGCAAAGCCGUAAUGACAAGAUGAGCUGUUAUGGAGUCGGAAAUGGCUUCUGUUGGGGCAGCUGGAGCUUGUGUGUUCUGAUGAAGUUCAAGGAACCAGAGGACCAAGAGACUUCAUGUACAUGUCAUGCAGAUAAAGAUCACUGGACCAGACAAGCCUCUUUGUAAAUAAUUCAUGGAAUUACAUCUCAAGUAGUAGUGACUCAGAUUGCCAGUUGGGCCACGUUACCAAAAACCCCGAACCGGCACUGAAUGUCCGAGAAAUUUGUCAACAUGGAAAUAUAUUGUACAUGUCUUUACAGUCUAUCAUUUUCCCAGGUGAUGAGCCACUUGACCCACAAUUAUCUACAUCAAUCUGAAUGUAAUAUUUUUCUUCUGAAAUAGGGGUGGGGAGCAUAAUGGUUAAAGUGUUUGCUCGUCAAACUGAAGACCCGGAUUCCCAUCAUGGGUAGAAUGUGCGAGGCCCAUAUCUGGUGUUUCCCACCACACAUAGUUCUUGAAUAUUGCUAAAAGCAGUGUAAAGCCAUACUCACUCACUCUUCUGAAAUACCUAUCAGUCACUAAACGUUAAAUAACUUUAAAAAAUAAUGCAUUUCUUUGUCAACUUUGAAAAUGAAAAUGGAGGGAUGCAGAUCAUCAGGGUUUAACUGCCGUGCUAUUUCUUUUUUGGUAACUACCGUACUCGACAUAAUAAGCGCCUGGGGCGGUUUCAAAAUUAGAAAUAGGGGGCUCUUAUUAGAAUAUUACUUUGGUGAAAAACAAUUGAAAGAUCAAAAAUUUUGUGGUUUAUGCAGACAGCCUGAAAUGUAAAUAUACGACAGAUAUGUUUUUCCAGAAUUUAAUUUCCCAUAAUAAAGGAUGGAUAUAACACACGUAUUAUACACAAAUAAAUAAGUCUUGUUUACAUUGAACAAUCGGAAGUGGUGCUAAUUAGGAUUGUUCACUAGCCAAUAUAUUAGAAAUGUCGCUGUGGGCGCUUAUAACAGCGGGGCACUUAUUUCGUCGAAUACGGUAUUGUGAAAAUGACUUGAAGUUAGUAAAGACAUUAUUUAUGAAGUGAUUGUUAUGUCACUGACCCAUGUCAUUGUAAGAAUAUCAUGAAACAUUACUACAUCACCAGUAAAUUAAUGUAAAUAAAUUCUUGUACAAAA